AUGGAAAAAGAAGGAGAGACAGUGCUGGGGGCCAUCAAGGUGCAACUCAGAGAGUGGGUUGACGAAAGGGUGGGUCUCACCUUCCGGACGACGCAGGUCCUCUCGGGGCACGGAUGCUUCGGGAGGUUCCUGUGUCGGAUCGGGAGGGAGACAUCAAACAGAUGCUGGCACUGUGACUCGCAAAACGAUACGUCGAGACACAUCCUAGGCUACUGUCCGACCUGGGACACAGAACGAGCAGAACUAAAGAGAAAAAUCGGAGCAGAUUUGUCAUUAGGGGCAGUUAUAAGAGCCAUGCUGCAAGAAGAAAAGAGACACGCGGUUAUGACUUUCUGUGAGGAAGUCAUGACUAGGAAGGAAGUAGCAGAGAGGGCCAGAGAGAGAGGGGACCUGGCCACCUAG